UUUCAAUGAAGAUACAUUCACUGACCUGUGAAUCUUCUUUCCUACCCAAUAUAGUCACACACAGAGGACUGUUCUGCAGCCCCUGUCUUCUAAGGAUCUGGACGUUGCUGACCAGGCCAGCAUUUGUGGUCUAUGCCGAAUUGCCCCUGAACUCAGUGGCCAUUUCAGAGAGAAGUCAACCACAUUGUUGUGGGUUUGGAGUCACAUGCAGAGCAGACCAGAUCCCGGUCUGGAAUAGGUUUACCGUAGUUGGCCCUUUAUUGUUUUGAAGGGGUUAAUAGGUUGUCAAUGCGAGUUGGCUGUCUCUCAUUCCGCCAGCCUUAUGCAGGCCUGAUAUUGAACAGUGUGAAGACAGUGGAGACCCGUUGGAGACCUCUGCUGGCUGAGCUGCAGGACUGCACCCUGGCUAUUCACAUAGCUCACAAGGAUUGGGAGGAUCUGGAAUGGAGAGAGAUCCUCACUCACGGACUGCAAAUGAGCGAGUCCCAAAUACAAAGCCUCCUGGCUGAAGGGGAGAAGUUUGGCAGGGGAGUAAUUGUCGGAUUAGUUGAUAUCGGAGAGACCUGGCAAUGCCUGAGUGACAUAACUCCUGAAGAAAUGAGGAAGCUGGAGGGACAGGCUGUCCUUCGAGGACUGGAGCACAAGUAUCUCACCACUUUGUCCAAUCCGCGAUGGCUGCUUGAGCCAAUUCCAGCCAGAGGACACAAGGAUGUAUGGAUGGUGGAUAUUCCUGACGAACUGAUUCCAUGAUGACCACAGACACCAGGAUUAAAACCUCUGAUAGAUACGAAGGAACGAGCAGAAUUAUUGUGAUCUCAAAAACUGGGACUACUGAGCGAGUGGGAAAGUAUUACUUUUAAUUCCCUAGUUUUUGUUACAUUGCUUCUUGUGUAUUGCUACAGUUGGUGAUGUGGCAAAAAAUAAAUUGUGAACUGCAAUGUGUUCACCCUCAAUAAAAAGAGUGGUGUAUGUCUAUAUGUUGCAAUAAAGAUACAGAAUUUCAAAUCAAAAA